AUGCCGGGCUGGAUGAACAGCGGGAAGGCUCCGAUCGCGGCUGUGACACUGGAAUGUAUUAUUUAUGGGUUUGCGACAUGUACGUUUGCGAUGACGGUUUGGGUUCUAAAGGACCGGAGGAGGAUCCCGGUGAACGCUGCGAUGCUCCUUAUAGCAGCAGUGCUUUGGCUCAUGGCUACGAUACGUGCCUGCACGGACAUCGCGCAACUAAUAAUCGCGUUCGACAACGCUAACCUCCAAACACCCACCGGUCCCUUCGACUACCUAUUGGACUUCAGCCACGGCUUGUUCGUGUUCGACCAAUGCCUCUAUUACAUCUCCACUAUCAUCGGAGAUGCUGUCGUUAUCUUCAGAUGCUAUAUCGUCUGGAAGAAGUGGUAUAUCAUUGCAUUCCCAUGUUUGACGUGUCUCGGGGCCAUUUGUAGCUUUGCAUGGGUUGAGUGGUGUUUCGCGAAAGGCAUUCCAUACCUCAACUGGAUCCUCAUGGCGUUCGCAUUCACCUUGGCGACGAACUUGAUUGCAACUAUACUCCUCGCGUAUCGAAUCUGGGCGGUCGGCUCGCAAACGUACCGAAACUUCGAUCCGACCUACAGCAGGAACCCACUUCGGCCGAUUCUCUUCGUCAUCAUCGAGUCUGGGAUGAUCUACUCCGUGAUGCUCAUGGUGGCGCUCAUCACCAUCCUCCACGCGCCUGCCGUGGAAUGGGUCGUAAACGGCUUGAUGACUUCACUCAUAUCCCUCAUCUUCAAUGCGGUGUUCGUCAGCAUCGGCAUGACCAAGAAUCUGCAGGGUAGCACGGCCGUGCGAACCUCGCUUCGUACGCCGGUGCCUCUUGGUGCUAUCAUGUAUCGCGACAGUAACCAAGGUACCUCCAUGUCCACAUCGAGGACGGAGGGCACGAUCGAGACGGGACCAUCCACGCUCAAAGGCAUCGAGAUCAAGCGUAUUGACUCGUAUGUCUAG